GCAAAUUCUGCAUUAACACAGUAUUCACAUUUUCACAAUUUAAUGGGACAAUGGACAUUUUAAGUUCACAUUCGGCAAAUUAAAUUCCUAGUGCUGGCAGUCCUGACACCUUGUUGAAUGAAAUGUCAAAUUGUGAUUUCCUUGAAUUGGCGAUAAUUUAAAAAUAACAUUUCGCAUUCUAUUCUGAUAAGAAAAGCCCUAAGCAAGUUGUGUAUUAUAUAAUAUUUGCUGACUCCUAUUAGUUAUAAACACAUUUUGAUUCCACGUGGACGCGUAGACAUUUGUUAUAACCUACGCCCGUCGUAAAUUAUUAUCGAGUUGAUUCGCUAUAAAGUUGCAUUGUGAUUGAGAAAACUUUUGAACUGUGUUAACUUUUUUAGAGGUCAAAAUAAUCGACUAAGGAGUUUGUUUUUUUUUCAAUCAUUUCCGGUAAAUUGGUCGAGAUGCCGGCUGACUAUGACACCAUAAUCAUCGGAAUGGGGGCGGCUGGAUGUACGGCUGCCUCCACUCUCAGUAAGGCGGGGAAGAAGGUCCUUGCUUUGGAAGCCAUGGACAGGAUCGGGGGGCGAGUCAACACGGUGCCUUUUGGAGACGGUGUGGUGGAAAUAGGAGCCGAAUGGAUUCAUGGUACAGAACAGUCUCGGGUCUACAACUUGGCGAUACAAAAUAAUGUGUCUGUAGUGCCACAAGAUAUUGAUUUUGAAGUUUACCGAUCAGACGGCACCAUUGGAGACAAGGAGGUUUUGAAUGAGCUCCUGAAUUUCAGUCUUGGGGUUGUCGAUGAUCCUCCAGCGACACCUGAGCCUUUAGGACAAUAUAUUACUAAGCGCCUAAAAGAAUAUAUGAGGGCCAAAUACCCAACAUUGCUAGCUGAUCAAGAUUUCAUGGAUAAUCUGCUAGAAUUCCUAGACCUCGUUGUUGAUAAUUAUGAGUCAUCGAACAGUUGGAAUGAAGUGUCCACAGAGUCAAAAUAUACUGAACUUGGCGGCCAUCAACAUAUGAGCUGGCAUAGACAUGGGUAUAAAACCUUAUUUGAGAUUUUAUUGAACACGUACAACAACGGCCCAGGAUUCCCAAACCUGGACGUCAAGCUGAAGAAGGAAGUCACUCAGAUAUCCUGGUCCAAGGAUCCAAGCCAAUAUGUGGUGGUUACUUGCAGAGAUGGAAGCAGUUACAGAGCCAAGAAUGCGAUAGUCACUGUCUCUCUAGGUGUCCUCAAAGAAAGGCAUCCAUCGAUGUUUUCACCGAGUCUACCGAAAGAGAAAAUCGAAGUUAUUCAAAAUUUAGGCAUAGGCGUUGUGGAUAAGGUCGUUUUUCUCUUUCCCAAACCCUGGUGGCCUGACUCGGAGACUUUCCAUGCUUUCGUUUGGACCGGGGCUGACAGAGCAACCGUCCCUAAAGACGACAACUGGCUAACUAAAAUCUUUGGGGUCAGCACGCCUUUGGGGUCUUCGACAGCUUUGACGAUGUGGACUAGCGGGGAGGGUGCCAAACUGGUUGAAACUUUACCCGAAGAUGUGGUGAAGAGGAAAGCCAUGGAACUACUGAGAAGGUUUAUGGGAAAGAACAGGACCAUUCCGGAACCCAUAGCGAUGUUACGCUCAUCAUGGUACUCGAAUCCCUACACCAGAGGUAGCUACACGUUCGAUAACCUGUCCACACCGCAGUACCCCCAUGCUAGGGCUACGUUGGCGGAGCCUCUUGCGGACAGCAGCGGAACCCCGAGAGUCCUGUUCGCAGGCGAAGCGACGGAUAACACACACUUUUCAACUGUUCAUGGAGCGACUGAUACAGGAUUCAGGGAAGCCAACAGACUUCUGACUAAGGCCAAAUUGUAAAUGAAAUGUGCUGUUCUGAUCUUUUAUGGCAUUAGACAUGUUUUUUUACUGACAAUGGAUAGUGUUAUUGACUAGGUACCGUUGAUGUAUGAAAGGCGUGUUUUUAAAGUGCCAUACCCCGAAAAAUUAGACAUAUAUUUUGACCCCCAUUAGUCACUGGGGUGAUAAAUUUAGUUUGUUAGUAUGAUUUUAAUAAAUAACCACUAAUGUGUUUUAUAAAGUGACCCAGUCUAGUUUCCGAAGUCAAUAAGUAGUUAAUAAUUUUUAACUUUUCAAUAAAAUGAAUUAAUAAAAUAUUAUCUAUUUAAUCUGAUAAGAUUUUUUAAAAUGAAGUUUGCUAUUUGACGUAAAAACGACGCGACGUAUCAUUAUUCAAUUUUCAAUAAAACUUGUAUG